AUGACGACUUCGCUGCUCCUGCACCCGCGCUGGCCGGAGAGCCUUAUGUACGUCUAUGAGGACAGUUCGGCUGAGAGCAGCGGAGGCGGAGGCGGCGCCGGCGGCGGAGGAGGUGAGGGAGGCGGCGGCGGCGGCUGCAGCGGAGCCAGCCCCGGCAAAGCCCCGAUCAUGGACGGACUGGGCGGCAGCUGCCCCUCCAGCCACUGCCGGGACCUGCUCACCCACCCGGUUCUGGGCCGGCCCCCGGCUCCCCUGGGCGCCCCACAGGGCGCCGUCUACACGGACAUCCCCGCCCCAGAGGCGGCACGUCAAUGCCCCCCGCCGCCGGCGCCCCCCACCUCGUCCAGCGCUACCCUAGGCUACGGCUACCCGUUCGGGGGCAGCUACUACGGCUGCCGCCUAUCCCACAACGUGAACUUGCAGCAGAAGCCCUGCGCCUACCACCCCGGGGACAAGUAUCCCGAGCCGUCGGGGGCCUUGCCGGGUGACGAUUUAUCCUCCAGGGCCAAGGAGUUCGCCUUUUACCCCAGCUUUGCCAGCUCCUACCAAGCGAUGCCCGGCUACUUGGACGUGUCCGUGGUGCCGGGCAUCAGCGGGCACCCCGAGCCCCGCCACGACGCCCUCAUCCCCGUCGAGGGUUAUCAGCAUUGGGCGCUCUCCAACGGCUGGGACAGUCAGGUGUACUGCUCCAAGGAGCAGCCGCAGUCAGCCCACCUCUGGAAGUCUCCUUUUCCAGACGUAGUCCCCCUGCAGCCUGAGGUCAGCAGCUACCGAAGGGGCCGAAAGAAGCGAGUGCCCUACACCAAGGUGCAGCUGAAGGAACUGGAGAAGGAGUAUGCGGCCAGCAAGUUCAUUACCAAAGAGAAGAGGCGGCGGAUCUCAGCCACCACCAACCUCUCAGAACGUCAGGUCACCAUCUGGUUCCAAAACCGUCGAGUCAAAGAGAAGAAGGUGGUCAGCAAAGCUAAGGCACCCCAUCUCCACUCUACCUGACCAUGGAGUCCUGAGCCCCUCCCCCAUGCCUCCCCACCUAUUUAUAUCCCACUUUGUACCAUGAAAGGAGCCCACCGAUGGACACUUCGCCGGUGAAUCGAUUAUUUAAUACUAAUACUAAUAAAUAAUAUUAAUGUGGAGAAAGAGGGGAAGGAAGGAAGGAAGGAAGGAAGGAAGGAAGGAAGGAAGGAAGGAAGGAAGGAAGGAAGGAAGGAAGGAAGGAACCCUGGUAGUGAGUGCGGAGAGGGGAUAUACACAUCCCCCUUUCCCCACUCCACUACUAUUCCAGGUGGAAAGUAGAGUUUUGGAUCCAGAAAUAUUUGGGCUCAUAUGGGU